CGCACUUGAUCUCUAAAACCCUAAUGUUUUUACACAGCUAGGGAUUUAGCAGCACUUUAGCCUCGACCCGAGUCUCCUAAAACUCUGUGGUGGCCAUGGCGUCUGCGCUGAUUGAAUCCAAGGAUUUUGGCGGCUUUCUUGGUAAAAAUUAUCAAUCUGCACUGGACAGAUCAAUCCAAGAAUUCUUGGACUCUUCCGGCGAUCCCAAUUCCGAAAAGUUUCAAUCUUUGAGCUCGAACUUUCAAGAACUGCUUCAGUGUAAACUCAACCCCCCUCUAGAAACGAUCUGGUUUUGUUCUGCCUUAGACUUCCGGAGCUCCGGUUCCGAGGAAACCGAUCGGCCUUCGAAGCGGUUGGCAUCCAUAAAAGAUUUGUUUCAGCUCAUUGUUGCUCGUUCCCUUUCAUCUAAUUCAUGGAGGAGCAUUGUGUUGAUUGCUCCAGUGAUUUAUGAACUGUUUCGUUUUAUCUCUGAUCUUAAUAGCCUUGAGCUGAAAUCUAAGAAGCAGAAGAAACUUUUAGAAGAGGUUAAGGAUUUUGUUGGUUCGAUUCUUGGGUAUGUUAACAUAUGUUCUGAGGGACUAGCUGGCAAGUUUGAUGCCACGGAGGGCCUUAUUAGGCCGGUAGUGGAUUUAGUUGAUGCUUGGAUGGGGAAUGUUGGAGAGAGCCAUGCUGGUUUGAGACAAUUUUUCCCACUUUUAAGUGAUAGUUCUGUGGAAUCGAUUAAUGCUGGAGAGUUGCAACUGACUGAGCUGGCAGGUCUGGUGAUUGCAGAAGCAUUUUUGUUGAAGUUGUGCUUUGAUUUGAAAGAAUGUAGUUCAAGAAAAGAGGUGGAGAGUGAGAUGAGGUCAUGGAUUUCGUGUUCUAUAACUGUUCUUCGGAACCCCUUCUUUCAUGGAACCCUUCUGUUGAUGCUUCUGGAGGCAUCUUUACCAACGGUGGCUUCGCUACUGAGCUCCGAGGACGAAGUGUUUCUUAGGGAACUUUUGUAUGAUGCCAUGAUUUUAGUGGACUAUUCUUUCCUUAAUCCUAAACAAAUGGCACAACUGUCAUCCAUGUGUGUUAGAAGCAUUUCCAUGGCAAGAUUGAUGGUGACUAGCGAAGCCAUACAGAUGUAUAGGAAAAAUGGGAACCAUAAGAAGGCAGUCUCUUAUUCAAGGGCCUUUUCUGGCUCUACUUUACCUUCUCAAAUAAUUAAAAUGGUGAGAGAAGAAGGGAUCACGAGCGAACCCAAUGGUUCAUCCCCUGCUGCUUUGUUAAAAUGGAUCCUUAAUGUAGAAAACAGUGGGGCAAGACUUUUCGACGCCAACAUCUCAAAAAUAUGUGCCAAGCUAGCAAUAGAUGAGGAUGAUAAUAAUGAAGACACAAAGCAGACUGGUGAAGCAGAUGCAGAGGAAGAAGAUCUCUUCUACAUUGAUACCAAAGGUGAAGAAGACAAUGGGAGCGGUGGGCAUGAUGAGGAUGAGGAGGUUGAAGAGAUGAAGGAAUCCAUGAGUGCUGCCUUCCUUGCUGCUGCUCAGUCAAUGCACAGUUCAGAACACAAACGGAAGAGAACAGGCUCGGAUGCCGAGAAAGUGAAGCUCCUCAAGAAACCCAACUUGUGUGACGAAUCGAAGACAGUUCUGCAGAAAGAUGGUCCAGAGAGUGAUGUUGAGGGAUCAUCAUCAUCAUCUUCUUCUUCUUCUUCUUUUUCUUCUUCAGAUGAUGAUGAUGAAGAUGAUUGAAGAUCAUCAUCAUCUUCUCUUUAUGUGGGUAAAGAAUUGAUCAAUGACAUGAUUGUUUAAUCUAUAUAUGAACCUCUUUGAUGUCUUGUUUCUUGAUUUGUUAUGGAGCUGCAAUUGUAAGAUUCUGAAUUCAGAACUCUGCAGUUUUAAGGGGUGACAGGAUGUGGGCAUCAUACCACAUCUGUCAUAAACAUGCUUCUUUCUG